AUGCACACUCUCUCAUUCAGUCCAGCCACCUGCGCCUACCCAUUUAUUCACAAGGGCCAUGGCGCAGCGGAGGUCCAAGCGAGCAGCAUGAGCGGCAGCCUUGGUGUGGCUGACACCAUGCAUACUGCAGAGCACGGUGCUGUUAUCGCUGCUGUGCAGCAGGGAUGUGGCAGUAUCUUUCAGCCUCUGGUGAUGGCCUACGCGCAGUCCUACAGCGGCGAUGCUGGAGACGUGAUUCAGAGCGUUGCUACCGCCUACGGCGGCAGUUACACUCCGUCUUUCCACUCCCUUGAGCUCCCGGCAGCCACACCGCCGCCGCAAUAUCAGUCCGACUUCUACGCCGCCGCGGCCGCGGUCCAAGCGAACGACUACUACUACUAUUCCUCUCAACCUCGCUACGCCGAGUCGCCGCUGACUUUGGCAGAGCUGUACAGCGCCAGUGUCGGUAGUGCCAGCCCGGUGCUGGGGUACGGGCCGACAACUUCCAUCACCGGUAUAAGUGGGUGUGGGUACAUGGACGAGGCUACCGGCUCCGUCCUCAGCAGCGUCAGCUUCAGCGGUUCGCGCUUCCCCCAGUGGUAUUUGCCCCGCGGGUACUGCCCUAUGCCGUGCGCCAACGUUGUUGGCGAUAGCUGCAGCAGUGCCUAUGCGCCAUACGCCGAUUGCGCAAGCACUGGCAUUACACCUACCACACUCUCGAUGGGGCCAAACUCCACGCAGGAGGAGAUGCUUAGCAGCCAGGAUGGACGGUUGCAUUACGCCGUGAUGCCGCAGCCGCCACGACUCGCGCCCCAGCCGACCUUUGGCACACUGACCCCGUUUGCGCUGCCUCCAUCGUACGCGGCCGCAUCCGCUGGAAAUGAUGGACAUGUGAUUGGUGUGCGUCCCACAUCCCCGUCUGGCAUGCGAGAGUCGUCGUCCUCAGCCUCCUUGCCCAUAACCUCGCCCGCGUCCAGGGCGGCGCGAACCCCGCAGUUCCUACCGUACGACGGCCGCGCCUACGGGAUUCCACCGUGUAAGGCACAGAUCAGCAGCGCCGAUGCCGCUGCCUCUGUGGGGCAGUGCCUGCUCAUAACUUCUACCCAGGGUGGAGGCUAUAGCUCGGCAGACGCUGUCCAGCCCAUCUGCGUCUCAGUGCGGAAGCCGGGCCCGCUGCAUCCCAUGCCCGUGUACCCUCUCCAGACGUCUCCUUUCAUACCCCAUGCCUUGCCGCACAACCAUUGGGUGAGCACCGGUGAUACUGGUGCUGUGUCAGAGUCGGCGGAGCGGUACUGCUCACCAGAGGAAAGCGCGCUGCUGGCGGACGUGCGUGCACGCCUGGCACAGCAGCACCGAUCCUCGCAGCUGCUUAAGCAGCGCGCCUUGACGCAGAGGGCUGGCCUUAAGCCGCUGUCGCGCGCCGACUUCGUCGUUCUUGCCAAAGUGCCGGCCUCAGGAAAGAAAGUCGGCGUCAGAAGCACUAGUCACGACAGUGCCUCUCUCAGCAUUAUGACUGCUGAGGAGGCGACGGUGGCGAGGCUGUCACCUAUUCCACAAAUUCCAACCGUAGGCGAUAUCGAUGCCGAGGCAUCUGACCAGUCGGUGUGGGAUGGCGCUGAUGCUGCUGUGCAGGCCCCCACUCAGGAUGCUCUGGAUCGGGUAUUGACAGUGCCCGGUGUCUUAUGGCGGCAUGACCCGUAUAGCCGCAACGUACUGCCUCAAGCCCAGGCAACCGUCGAGAGUGACAGCAGCGGGACGACCAGCACGUCGUACUUCUCGCUGCCCUCUAGCCCCCACGUCGCACGCGCCGCUCUCGGCUUCUCUGACCGCGGUGACGCCACUGCUAGCGUCACGCAGCCCCCUCGCUCGACCGACAUCUCGGCUCGUACGAACGGCAGCAGCAGUGACAGCGCCGACGGCAUGCGACCCAGCACCCGUCGCCUGCCAACAAAGAAGGUGUGCGUACGGCAUUAUGUGAGCCCCGACGGCGACUCGUCGCUCAGUCACGAGCGCAGCGGAGCUGUCGGCACGCUUCUGAGUGUGAGGGAGGCGUCCAGCGCGGCUGUUCCCAUGACUCUAUGUGCGGAUGGUUCCUCCAUACUACAGCGUCACUCAGCAUUUGUGGAUGACGAUGACGAAGGCCCAGCUCCUACGAUCCCUCCGGAGAUAGCACCAGCGGCUGUGCUCACAGCUACGGCCCCGGUGCAUGCGAAGCAUAGAAAGCUGCCGGUGCCGAAGCCGCGCUCGAAACAAAUGCGCCUCUCUUCAUGGACCAGAGGCAAGAAGGUGGGCAUCCCCAACGAGCACUCUGGCGCGCCCACCGCUGCUUCGUCCUCGGUUUCGUCUGCAUCUGGGGGACUCGAAGCGUCGCACUUGAAUUCGCCAUCGGGACUCGUUGUCGUAGCUCCGACUGAAGGACAUGGUAGCGCGGAUACCUCGGCGGCCUCCAGCGCAGCCGCUGUCUUAACUGACCCCGCUGCUUCGGCAAUGGCGCGACCAGAGGUCCACCGUCCAGGCGCAUACUCUUCUCCCUUAGACAUCAGGACGAGGCUCUCCGCGUACCAGCCGGCGUCGAGGUGGGCGUGGAGGCUGCGCAGCUCGCGCGUGUACCCCCUGCCGCAGCCGGCGGAGAUGGACACGGCGGAGAACGACGUGCUUGUCGAUACCCUAGCGGAUCUCGAUACGAGCUGCCUUGCCCGCUUGUGGCGCAAUCUGGAUUUGAGCGGCUGCUUCCGUGAUGCGCUGGAACGCCGCCGGCGCGUGAUCGGGCCAGGAAGCAACAGCUCUAUCCGCGUACUAAACCGCAUGAUACCCCUCACUCGCCGCCUGAUGAACCGCCGGCGAGGUCUGGAGGCUGGGAAAGGAAACGGGCGGUGCUUUACCGUGUUGAGAGAGUCGGAGAUGAAGUACGUGUGCCUCCUGCAGCACCGCUUCCGCAGGAGCACCGCUGUCGCAGCCGAACACUACGCUCCUGGUACGAUGGUGGUCGUGGAUGGAGACAUGGGCAUCGACACCGGCGUUGUCAAGCUAUCCAUGACGCGCAACGAGUACGAGGCUAUGACAGAUGCUCAGCGACGUGCUGCGCACCUCGUCGUACACCUGGAAUUCGCACUUGCCUCCUCCAUCCACCGUGCUGCCCACGCCGACGAGGUCCUGGUGCAUAACAACACGCAGGCUCCCCUUGAGGAGUCAACGCUAGACUUCCUACAGUAUCUGACCACGCAACCGCACCUGUUUCAGAGCUGCCGUGUGGAGUGGAUGCGCUUUGUGGAUGUGGAGUUCCAGGCGGAUGGGCAGAAGCUCUAUGUGCACUACACCUGCGAUACUCCGGUGCGCUUUAUCGAGCUGGCCACGUUUCUCAACCACAUCUUUCACUGCCGCAUCUGGAUGAAGAUGCUCAGGACGGACGAGCGGCAAGUGGGUGAUGGUGUCUGUAGCACCCGCCUCUCUCGUGUUCCCCUCACCCCUCCUCCCUAG